UGUGUUUUAGGGUCAGCCUGGAUUACCUGGCAAAUACUCGUCCCAGAAUCCUAAACUAGCCGGAAAUAAUUUAAAUGAUGACCAAAUGUUUUGCUAUUAAGAUGGAGAAUCUGUUAGAUCUGCUUGCACUAUGCCUCCAGAGCACGAAUCCGGGGGUCUCGAGGGCAGUUUCCUGCACCCGGAAACCCCUUGGGCGGUUAGGCCAGUGGCUUAUACCUGAAGACUUUCCGGGGCCUUUUCAGGGGCCCGGUAAGAUCCCGGGGAAGGGGAAAAGAAGCCAUCGGUAUUCCGGGGGUUUUAGCGAGAGGCCCACACAGCUUUUAGGUCAAAUUCUAGCAUGUGUGCGACCCUGCAUAGUGCACUACCCGGAUAGCGGGCAUUGUUGGGCUUUUGACAGUAUGGGGCAGCCGUCUUGGCCUCUUGAGGCAGCUUGGAACACACAUUGACUGUUUGCCACUCAUCUCAUGCAUCAAGCAUGACGAUUCACUCAAG